AUGGGAUUAGCAGGCAGUAGAACUGUUGCUACUCCUCUUGAGUUCAAUCACAAUCUCUCCUCUGUAGAACUAGACAAGUUUUUGCACACUAAUGAUAACUCAGUUGACAAAGAGCUAGAAGAUAGAAGCAGCUACCAAAGGCUGAUUGGCAGAUUAUUAUACCUGACUAUGACUAGACCUGAUAUUACCUUUGUAGUUCAGGCUCAUAUGGAUGCAACCAUAAGAGUAGUCAGAUACAUUAAUGGCACAGUAGGUCUUGGAUUGUUAAUGCCAGUAGAAACUAGGAAGUCAGUAACAGGCUAUAUGGUGAAGUUUGUACAAGCUUUGGUGUCCUGGAAACCAAAGAAACAAAAUAUUAUUUCCAGGAGUUCUGCUGAAGCAGAAUUCAAGAGCAUGGCAUCAACUGUGGUUGAGAUCAUUUGGUUAAUUGGGUUGUUUAAAGAUUUUAGAGUGAAGGUUAACUUGCAUGUGCAGCUGUUUUGUGACAGUGAAGCUGCAAUUCAGAUUGCAGCUCACCCCAUUUCAUGA